AUGUCCAAUAACGCAGAUAAAGCACAGGGCUGGAAAUGGACUUUCGGAGUCCCUCUGGCCGCGGCCGGCAUUCUGGGUUACCUUUGGUCUGGGCAAACUGGAGUACUAAGAGCCAAUCAACCCGACAAACCCAAGUACAGCCCGGUAGCAUCCGUUUCGAUUGACCAGGGCACUAUCAAUGGCAGACUGGUAACUGAUGGCACGUUCCCGGAGCCGUUGGAAGGUUUCAUGGGAAUUCCAUAUGCUCUUCCACCGGUUGGGCAGUUAAGAUUUCGCCAUGCUGUGCCUGUGCCAGCUGGUAACCUGACACUUGACGCAUUCGAACUUGGUCCAAGAUGCCCUGGGAAGCAGCUCGUCCCGUUCACGGACGAUGAAUGGCUGGGCCCCGACUGGGAGAGCGAGGACUGCUUAACUAUCAACGUGUACCGCCCCAAGGGCCAUACGAGCUCCGAUAAGAAGCUGCCAGUGGCGGUGAUGAUCCCAGGUGGCGCAUUCAAUCGCGGAGCAGCUCGGAUGCAUAACACACCGUCAAUGCUGGCGUGGUCCGAAGAGCCGUGGAUCGGAGUUUCUAUGCAGUAUCGCAUCGGUGUUGCUGGUGGCAUGAACACAGCCUUGACCAAAAAGAAGGGAUUGUUAAAUCUGGGACUGAAAGACAUGUAUGUCGCCUUGGAAUGGGUUCAGAAGAACAUUGCCUCUUUCGGUGGAGACCCAAAUGAUGUGACUAUCAUGGGGUUAUCGGCUGCUGCACAUGGUAUUGGACACCUCAUUAUGGAUAUUAACCAGAAGAAAACGUUGUUCCAUAAAGCCAUCAUGGACUCUGGUGGGCACACUGCCCGAGUAGUACACCCGCCUGAGUCCAAGCUUAAUGAGGCGCACUUUCAGGAGUUCCUUGAGCUCACGGGCUGUGGGAACCGUCCUGAGCACGAAAUAUUGCCUUGCCUCCGCGCUCUCCCAUCUUCGACUAUCAUUGAGUCAGGCCAAAAAGUUUACGAAAAGUCCAACUCUUCUGUGCGGUGGGCUUGGCAGCCUGUCCUUGACGGUGAUGUUAUUUCAAGGCGCCCCAUUGAUGCUUGGAAGUCUGGCAAAUGGAAUAAAGUCCCCAUUCUCACGGGAUCGGCACACAACGAGGGCGCAAUGUACGUCCCGAAGAAUGCAUCUACGCCGCAAGAUUUCACGGACUUCUUUCAUACUCUUCUUCCUCAACUUUCCGAUAAGGAGCUUUCUGAGUUGAACAAACUAUACCCGGACCCUUCCAAGUUUCCAGACUCGAAAUACGUUGAGACCAGACCUUUGAAGAUUGGGCCGCAGUAUAAGCGUGCCGAAGCUGCCUAUGGUCACUACGCCUAUACCUGUCCCGUUCGUCAGACCGCGAUCUGGGGGAGCCAGUCUACCGAGAACCCACCCGUCUAUCUUUACCACUGGGCUCUCAACAAGACAGCCUUAUAUGGUGCCAAUCAUGGCGAUCAAAUGCGGUACCAGACAUAUAACGCCGAAGUCCGAUCCAUCUCACCAAAGCAGGACGAAAUCGCUGGCUUUAUGCACGCGUACGCAACCUCGUUCAUUGUACAUGGUGACCCAAACAAAAUCAAGGGUAGAUUCGACAAGCGACCUGAAUGGUUACCAUUUGGGGGAGACAAGGGAAAAAAUGCAGGGAAGACGAUGAUCUUUGGCGAAGACAAUGAUGAGCGUGCCGGAGGGUCCAGUAUGGGUAUCUCGGCCUAUUCUACAGAUUACAAGUGGGCGGCGAAGGAGUGUGACUUCUGGUGGAAGCAGACUGAAAAGUUCGAGGACUGA